AGCACCAUCUCCCGUCUCUGUUGUUGUACGCCCCGAAAACACAGCAUCAGCACCAGCGCGUCAACACCACCAGCCUGCCUGCUUUCUGUGCAUACUUAGGUUACCUGCCUCCGUUCCACCAUGAGGUUUCCAUGACAAAGAAAGCGGCGAGACUAGGCCUCCAUUCCUCCUUCUCUGUCUCAUUUCGCGCAGUUAUGUCUUUGGUUCGCGGCUCCCUCUCGCCAUGCCUGCGGACCGCCUGUACCUGCUUUUCUCGCUGGUUGUGAUCUCCUGCGGGGAUGGUGUCGUGAGGGCGGCACCGGAGGGUGGUGUCCUCGGCGGCCUAAUCACGCUGCUGGCCGCGGAGGACAAUGCCAUCGCCACUGUCCCAAACGGAUCCAUCACCGGCCAGACGGCCCUUUCUCAGGUUCAGACUCCGUCUGCCCUAACACCAGAGCCGCCCUUUGCCCUGAGGGUCCUGGUGAAGGAUCAGGUGACCCGGCGGCGCCUGGGCGGGGCCCAGGUGGGGGUGUUUGUCAACCACACCCUGAGUAGCCAGGCCCUGACUGGGGAGAAGGGAGACGUGCUGCUCAGGGUCCCCUACAGCCUGGGACUCAGCCUCACCAUUGUAGCUAGCAUGGAGGGAUACGUCCUCACCCUGUUGCCCUGGAGGACCACCAAGAGACCUAUAUUCUCCUCAGUGACCUUAUCGCUGCUCCCUCAAAACCAAGGCAACAUCUGGCUGUUUGAUGACUCCGUGCUCAUCACUGGGAAGUUACCUGACAUCUCCUACCAGCCCAGCGUUCAGUUCCCCAAGAGUCACCUGAUGCUCUCUGACGGAAGUAACACCUCCACAGUGAUGGCUUACCUGACCGUGCCACAGCGCCACCUAGGCAAGGACUGUGUCAACUGCACCCCAGGCAUCAUUCACAACAAGUCAGUGUUCAGGAGUGUUGAGUUGCGGGCGAUGGCAGCGGUCAGCACUCUGCUGUACUCUGGUGGUCAGGAGGUCCAGGUGAAAGGCCCCAUCCAGAUCUCCCUGCCCCUGGCACACACCACCAACCUGAGGCCCUCGGACACCCUCCCUGCCUGGGACUUCAACACCAAGACAGGUGCUUGGGAGAACCAGGGUUUGGGGAUAGUGAAGAUGGUUGGAGAUCAUCUGGUCUGGACCUACAUUGCUUCUCACCUGGGUUACUGGAUCGCUGCACCCCUACCCUCCUCCAACGGUUAUAUGGGCCAUGCCAGCUCAAUGGAAUUCCUCUCCUACCACACCUACCUGCUCGUAGGAAUACUGGGUGGGACUCUGGUUAUAGUCUUGGGGUUUCUGGCUGUGCUGCUGUGUCAAUGUGGAGGUUCAGGUUCCUCUCGUGGGCCGAGGAGGAGAGCACGGUUCUCGAAGCGGUCCGCUCUGAAGAAGGACCAGACCACCUCCACCCACAUGGAGGAGGGCCAUGCCAUGAUGUCCUUCCACCCCGGAGACAGAGCCCACGGCCUGGCCUCGCGCAGCGUCCAGUGUGACCCCUCCACCCCCAGGCACAACAAAGCCAACUACAACAUCUAUGUGGAAGACCCCGGGCGUGGGUCCGCCCUCCUGUAUGAAAAUGUGGGGAGCGGGGCCAAGGGACCCCCGACAUCACACCACUACAUCAACAGUGAGGAGGUGGCCAGGCUGAGGGAGAGGUCCAGCGAGGAGCAGAACAGAGCCCACCUGGGUGGAGGUGCUCAGCUGCUCCACCUUUACAACCAGCCUGUGGCCAUCCUCCAGGCCCCGGAGCGCUUCAGCAGCCAAGGUGGGGAGCAGCAAGGAUCAGGCUGCAAGUCGGCCACCUUCCCCCGUAAUGGAGGAGCCUAUGACACCCACUCCCACUCUGAGCAGGGCGGUCAUGACAGCUACACCCAGACCCUCCCUAAGAACCCCCACCAUGCCCAGGGAGCCAACCCCCAGCAGGGCGGCCAGGACCAGCCCCAGGCCCUGGAGACCACUCCCCAAGGCCCAGCCUCUAAUCCUGGGGCGUGGGGCCGUUACAGCAGCCUCCCAGAGUCCUCCGUUUCCGUCCCCGGUACUCUGAACGAGGCGGCUGGAAUGAGGGCCUUCAGCAGUGGGAUGGGGGGCCCCAGUGAACUCCAGGGGAUAUCAGAGCGUACACUCCUGGAGCUGACCCGAGGCAAGGCCUCGUCGCCUCACCCCAGGGCCUGGUUCGUCUCCCUGGAUGGGAAACCAGCCGCCUCGGUCCGCCACUCUAUCAUAGAGCUCCAGGGACGCCACCCACGGCCCCCCAGCAGCAACGACACCAGCCUGGACUCUGGCGUGGACAUGAAUGAGCCCCAGCAGAGUGUGAGGGAGGUGGAGCGAGAGAGGCCUUCCAUCCGUGGCUCGUUCCCCCACCACAGCAGAGGGCGCUACAGCGAGGAGCAGGACCUGAGCAGCAGUGAGAGCGGCACCACCGCCACCUGCACCCCUGAAGACCCCUACCUGAGGAACAUUCUGGACGGGAGCAGCGGGGCCAUUCCCAAUAUCCCGGAGGAGCGGGACGGAAUGGACACGUCCAGUGCACAGGAGGACAGUGAGUCGAGGGGGACACCGCCCCCACGCAGGCUGAGGAAGGUGAGGGAGAAGGGGAGGGCUGAGAAGAGAAGCGCCAGGCACCAUGUCAGAGAAGAGAGGCCUCUGGUCAAACGGAGCUAAGGCACUGUUCACCAGAGAUGGACUGGGAUGGGACUUAUUUCAAUACCAGUCAAUUCUGGAAGUGUAUUGACAUUAUUGGCAUUCAGUUGUUAAUGGGCAUGUUUCAUGUCCAGUUGCAUGGUCAGUGCUUUUUCCUGAAUUGGCUGUGAUGGUUACAGAAAUGUUGAAUCUGUCAAGAAGGGAUUGAGUUUAUUGUUGAUUGUUUUCCUAUAGGGGUCGUAUGUUGACGGACGGCUGAGACAACGUAUGGCGAUGUUAAAGCGUUUUCUGUGGUUUGAUGGAUGUGUAUGCUCCAGUCCUUCUAAAAGGAAUAGUUAGAUAGAUGCUAGUGGACACAGCAGUAGUAUGGCUUCAGAUCGUCUCAUUCCUGGCAUCUGCGUCAAAGAAGAUGUGUUCUUUACACUGCCUGCGAUGAGGAGUCAGAGAUGCUGUAUAGCGAGAUAAUGAAGGGUAAUUAGAGAGGAUAGAGGGCUGUAUUGGGCUGAGCCGAUGAGAUCUGGCAGCAGAGACGGACAGUGAUACAGUCCUCCUGUACAGAACACUGACACUUACCCACCGUGAUUGCCUGCCUUUAAAGGAAAUCGAUAUUAACACCAUUGCCUGCUCUGCUCACAGUGUUUAAGACUGGCUGUACCCAGCCAUCUGUCUAUUGCUCUGUUUGUAAACUAGACACUGAUUCACAGCUGUCCCUUUUAGAGGUCUUCUUUACAGCUCUAUUAAGGGGGAAAUACCAUUAUUUCUUUGAGAAUGCAUGAAAGGUAUAAAGUCAAAUGUUGUGUAUGAAAAGAGGAAAGUGUGUGUAUUUGACUUGUAGUGUGAAGACAAUGGAAAGGAUUCUCUUCUUAGGGACAUUAAGUCUGAGGGAUACUAAUCCAGUCAUGUGUUACUUUAACGUGUUCGUCUUCAAAUAGUUACUGUUGAUGUUCAAUGAUUCCUGUUCAACGAGCAGAUCUUACACAACACAUCGCUGUCCUUACAUACAGAUGGAGUAUUGGGAGGUGGUCAGUUUAAGCUUUCAUUGUUCAGUCUAAAAAGCACAGAACACAAUUGGGAACGAUACACGUAAUAUAAUUUGAUUGGUUAGAACCCACUGCAAUGAGAACGUAAUAAGCGUAACAUAAAACACUCAAAUAAAUGAAAGCACUCAAAUGUUUUUGUUGUUGUAAAAAGUGAGGUGUUAUUUCAAAUGAACACAAACUAUAUUGCUGUGAUGGACUGAUACAUUUGGUGAAGCACACAAUCUCCUCCUGAAAAUGAUCUGACCAGCGAUAUCAGUCGUCCUGCUGCUAAAUUUGAAACAACAUUCAUAUUUUGCCCAUAUUUAGUCUUCCUCGUGGUGUGACAUCACACACGCCAGUCCUUCAGUGUGUUUGAGGAUAAAUACUGUACAUGAAUAGCUUUAUUUGGUAUGUACAUACUCAAGCAUAUGAUCUAGUAUGUGUGAUCGUGUAUUUUUAUGUAUGUAUGCAUACAUCGUCCUAUCCUUUCUCAGCAACUGCGACAAAAAAUGUUCCAAGAGAAUGAGAAUGCUUCUCAGAGUGAAGAAGAAAGAUGUGCUUUUUUGAGCCAUCAUCACUAUUCAUGAACCCAAGCUUUAGUGUAUGUGCUUUACUUCGGAGGUUUGUUACAUUAUUGUGUUAGCUUUGGUGCGAUGAAUAGGUUCAAAUGUGAUCCGGGGUGUAAAAAGCUUGACGACGUAGCAACUUCUACCUUCUAAAUGUAGCAGCGCAAGUUAUAUACCUGACGAAUGCAGCGAUGAUUUAUGAAGCUUAAAAUGAUUGAAGGCUGAACAUGUUGUUAUUGUCGCCACUGAUGAAGGUUAGGAAAAACAAGAUGUUUCAACCGUUGGAGAAUUGUAUAAAGUAUAGUAUGUAAUAAUAUUUCUCAGAGACAAAACAGACCCCACUGGCCCAUCCUUUUCAAAGUGGCCUUCACUGAAUGUAUUUCCUUGUAUUUAUUUCAUUGUAAUGUAGUGUAUUUCUACUGUCCGUAUUCAUUUAACAUUAACUGGCAUUCAGGCUUUUGAAACAGGCAUUUCUUGUGUUGAUUACGUCAGUAUAUUACAGUAGUGUGAUUAGUCUGCCUUUUUGUGCACUUAUCAAUGCCUAAGUAAUAAACUCACUUGAUACCAA